AGGGGGUGAAGAUUUCCCAAUGUGGCACAGGAAUAGAAGGAGUUAAGUGAGGUGGAGCCACAAACAAUUAAGACAAAAACUAUCUCUGACAGAAAACAGUAGGAAGAUCUGCAGAAGGAGGAGACUUCUUCCACAAGGCUCCUCUCUUUUUCUUCUCCUGUUUCCCCACAGAAACAUUCUCACGCCGCAAGAAAGAGAAACCAGCAGGCUGCCCUGGGUGACUCUUCAAGCGCGAUAAGUAAUACCUGUUGAUCUUUAGGAGUUUCAAAGGAUGCAGCAUUAUAAAUUGAUUGGCCUCAAAAUUCAAGGAGAAUCUGCAAGAUAAAAUGUCUACAGACACCUAAGAGUUUGUCAGUGUCCUUCGAUGCACCCUGAGGAGGAUAAAAUGAUCUAAGAAGCUGUAUGUGAAUUAAACAUUCUGAUUUUGACAUCAUGUUGUCUGCGUGGGGAUUUGCUGCCGUGGUUCUCGUCCACACUGUAAUAACAGUGACAGGUCUGAUAGAUUCUGAUGAUGUCAUCACACGAGAUGAACAGAUCUUUGUGCUGAUGGGUGCCCAUGCCAAAUGUGAAAAGAAUAUCCGAGCACAGAUGCCCCUCGUUAAAGAAGGUGACUGUGUUCCAGAAUGGGACGGAAUUAUAUGCUGGCCGUGGAGCAAAGCAGGAGAACUUGUCUCAGUGCCAUGUCCAGACUACAUCUAUGACUUCAACCACAAAGGCCAUGCCUACCGCCACUGUGAUGCGUCGGGGAACUGGGAACAGGUGCUCAGCAUCAACCGAACAUGGGCCAACUACACUGAAUGCACCGUGUACCUAACCUCCAACCACAGGAACCAAGAGGAGGUAUUUGCGAGACUCCGUCUCAUGUACACUGUGGGUUACUCCAUUUCUCUGGCAUCACUACUGGUGGCCGUCUCCAUUCUCUGCUUCUUCAAGCGACUCCACUGCACACGAAAUUACAUCCACAUUCACCUCUUCACCUCCUUCAUAUGUCGAGCCAUCAGCAUCUUUGUGAAGGACGCUGUGCUCUACUCCACCUCUGAUGACAGCAAGUCAGAGCCUGAGCUCAGCGAGCACAGGACUUACACAUCUGGAUGUAAAGCUGUUGUCACGCUCUUCCUUUACUUCCUGGCCACCAAUCACUAUUGGAUCCUGGUGGAGGGGUUGUACCUACACAGCCUGAUCUUCAUGGCCUUCCUCUCUGAUAAGAGUUACCUGUGGCUCCUUACCAUUCUCGGCUGGGGUGUUCCAGUUGUGUUUGUGUCUAUUUGGGUCAGUGUUCGAGCAUCGCUGGCAGACACACAAUGCUGGGACAUCAGUGCUGGAAACCUUAAGUGGAUCUACCAAGUUCCCAUUUUGGCAGCCAUUGUGGUGAAUUUUAUCCUCUUCCUCAACAUAAUUAGAGUUCUGGCAUCAAAACUGUGGGAAACCACCACUGGUAAACGGAAUCCUCAGCAGCAGUACCGGAAAUUGCUGAAGUCCACUUUAGUCCUCAUGCCCUUGUUUGGGGUUCACUACAUGGUCUUCAUGGCGUUUCCUUACACCGAGGUCACUGGUCUGGUGUGGCAGGUGCAGAUGCAUUAUGAGAUGUUUUUCAACUCAUCCCAGGGAUUUUUUGUGGCCUUCAUCUACUGUUUCUGCAAUGGUGAGGUUCAGGCCGAAGUAAAGAAGGCGUGGCUAAGACGCAGCCUGGCGCUGGAUCUGAAACAAAAAGCCAGGAUGACCAGCACUGGAGGCGGAGGCAGCUGUUACUAUGGCGGCAUGAUGUCGCACACUACCUCCCACAGCGUCAGCUCGUCUGCCGCCAAUCCCAGAACACUUAGCCUCAGUGGAGUUGGGGUGGGCUGUAGUCUGGGGUCAGGGAUCAGACAGCAGCGACAUACCUCCCUGCACCCCCAAACCAGUCCGCCUGGUAACGAUCUGGAUGUUUCUGGUGGCCAGCAGGAGGUGAUGGUGCAGAGGCUUGAUGGACAGGAGUCCGGCAGUUUUGCCCCAAAACGUCGAACCAGCAAGAAAAAUCAUGAAGCUAGAAAUUGCAGAACAUUUCCAACUCCAACCCCAGAUGAUCCAGAGAGCUCCUUGUCUUUGAAAGAGAUGGAAACCAUUUUGUAAAUAAUUUAAAGGCCACAAUGUGGCUCAUAAGAACUGAAGCAGAAUUCAGAUCAGGCUCAUCAUGAGGUUCUGAAACAGUGCCACUGGAUGUGGUUGCUCUUUAAAACCAUUGUUUCCUGUUCCGUGUGUCAAGCCGCCUGUUAGCAGCAUAUCUCAAAAACACAUUUAAAAAACAUUUAAAUGAAAUUUUAUGGUGUUGUUUGGAGAAUGUAGCGAUAGUGCCUCUUUGGCAGUGGGGGGGUCAUGUUGUAUCUUUGGAAAGACAACAAAGGUCCAAGUCCUGAGAAUCCUUGUGCUUCCGGUGAGACCUGGAUGUGAUCUUUGUGACCUCAGGUGAGGUCUUGAUGUCUUACACACACAGAAUCCUUUGAUGACU